AUGAUGAAGCAGCAAGGAGACCGAACGACGGAAUACCACGACACGUCGCGGAUCUUUCGUUACGUGCAACAGACGAAGCAUGAGACAGAACCUGAGCUGCUUCUGUACCUGUGCGUCCCUGCUGUCCUCGUGGGCACCCUAUUUAGGGCGUACCAAAUGUACUAUAUUGCACUAUUCGUCGCAUGUAGCUCCUUUCUCGGCUGCAAGUAUGGCGAGGUUAACGUGCAACAGUACAUAUCCAUGGGGAUGAUGAUCGUCAUGGCCACAACCAUGCAAUUCAUGCAGCCAGGAGGAGGCUCCCGUAUGAACUCCCAAGGAGCUCCUCCCCAGCCCCAGCCAACAGGAUUGCAGCCAUCUUCAUAG